CUCCCAAAAAACAUCUGCUCCUUGUUGUUUUCGCGGCCCUUGGCCUUGGCAGCGAAUCUGACGCCUACGGCGACGACGACGUCGACGCCAUCCACACGAACGACGCGACGGCUGCAGUGCAGCGUCAUGAUCUGUCUGGCGCGGCGAGCUGCAUUCGGCUUGUUUUGAUUCUAAUGAUGAUAGUUCGCUGCAAGUGCAAGCUCUUCUACGUUCAGUGUGAUUGCAUCGUCCGAAGAAAUUGCAUCUAGUCGCGAGUUAGCUGAACAGUUCGUUGGUGGCAGUUUUCAAACGAGAGCUUCCGUGAUGCAGCUCAUCACCUACGAUUUCAUUUCCGGUUGUUUCGGCGGUAACGUGCUGCGUGUGAGCAUGUGGAAUACUAGUGGGACAUCCGCUGGACACGAUUAAAACAUGGCAGCAGUUUUCCAACCACAAAAUUCGCGCCUCGGUCUACAACAUAAUCGUGCGUCACAACGGGAUGGCAGGAUUCUACAAGGGGAUGUUUUUCCCGCUGAUGACGAGUGGAGCGCUGAAUUCGGUCGUGUUUGCAGUGUAUGGAGAGUACAUGCGGCAGUUACAAGCACAGUGCAAAACUGAACGUGAACGACAGCAAAGCUGGCCCAAACAUGUCCUAUUGGCGGGAUCGGUAGCCGGCGUUACACAAGUCUUCCUAGGAUGUCCUAUUGAGGUUGUGAAAGUACGACUUCAAACCUUACGAUACAUUGGCAGACCGUGGCGUUGCCUAAUGGACAUUCACCGUAUCGAGGGCCUUUCGGGAAUUUACCGUGGUAUAACACCGAUGAUGUUUCGUGACGUACUCCCGUACGGCAUCUACAUGUUGGUCUACGAGUACAUGCUGGGCAUCGAAGAGCGGCUGCACCGAGUCAAGCGAGAUCGACUUUCGAGUGGUUCUGGCGGAUUGGUGGUCAGCAGUCCGUACGAGGCGUCGUUGAUUGCGAUGGCAGGUGCCAUGGCCGGCAUUAUCUCGUGGAUGUUCAUCGUGCCGUUCGACGUGAUCAAAACGGUGAUGCAAUCGGAAACGGAUCCGACGGUGCACAAAAAUAUGCUGCACUGUUGUAGGACGCUUGUGGAGCGACAUGGAUGGAGGUCACUGUUUAGAGGAAGCUUUAUGGUCAUUGCUAGGGCUGCGCCAGUCAACUCGAUUACCUUCCUGGGUUACGAAUGGUGUCUGGGCCAGUGUCACAAGUUUUUCGGGAAUGCAGAUAAGACAAGUUAUUGGUCAUAAAAAGAUCCGGUAUGAAUUUCGGUUAUUUACUUUAAUUUAUUUAUUUUAGCAUGUUAAACAAGUAAUAUUAACUCUAAUUGAUUAAACUUACCACUAUGAAUAUAUUUCAUGUCUGAAUUGUUGAAUAGAGAACUCUUCCUUUCCAUUCGAUUUAGGUAUUCAUAAACAAAAAAAAUAAUUAUUUGUCUGAUUUGUUUGAAAGAAGCAAGCUUCUUUCUUUCCGUCAGAUUUUAAGCUUCUGAAUCCGAAUUUGGAUUCAGAUUUACUUUAGCAAAGUCACAAUUGAACAAUUAUCGUUCCCAAGAUUUGUGAUAAAAAAUAGUUGUUUAUGCAGCGAGUUGCAAAAUGAAGAUGUUUAUAGCGCAAAUCAUACAUUUAUCCAACGAUGAUUGCCGUUUUGUCUUCCGGAUGAAACUGCGCCUAUAUGCCUUGUGGGUGUACGAUCGCCGCUGGCCUCUGAUAAAAGAUAAGCGCGACAAUUUCAUUAUUCUUCCAGUGCGAUCACAAACGGGUUGAAAGACUCCGGUAGGUUUGACAGAAGAAUCACUUUGGACCAGGUAUUUGUUCACCGACUCUCCCAUUAUAUAGCCACGCGAUGAACCAACUCCGAUGGUUUCUCUAGAUGCUCCGACAUGUCCGAUAUGCUUCCAUCUUCUUCCGGCUGCAUCGAAAAAAGUCGCCGUAGAGCAUGGAUCUUGUUCGACAGAGACUCGCUCAUGAUAACCCUUUCAGAUUUUCUACAUCUCUUUUGCCCGUGUAGCUUUCAUGAUGUGGAUAAACUGACUAUCUUCUAUCGCCAAGCCAAAAACGCUUCUGCCUUUACAUCUUUCCUACCAAACCGGAAAGCUUUUCUGCAAAAAAUGUUCUUCGUAAAUAAUCAAUGGGUGAAUGUUUUGAUUCUCAAGCGGAUGCUGUAAUUCGUCUACCCACUGCCGUCUGUCAAAGCAAUGACUCGGAAAUGUUUUUUUUGCUUUCAUUCGCCAUCAGCUUCCUUUCGCUGAAAGGCCCUUUCGCAUAGUCUCGAAAUUCGCUCGCAAGUCUCUCUUUCUUUCCUCAGCCGAUCAUCGGGUUCCGAGCAAGUGAGACAGAACCAAAACAACCUCACAUGCUGUCAGUCUAGGCAAAUGCUGUCUUUUUUCGCUCGUGUGGGUUCUUUGUGUUUCAUUCGUUAGUUCGAGAUGUGGCUGACAGCAAAACCGAUUUCUAUUUCUCAUUGUACGAGAAGAACUCGAGCGGAUCGGUCGCGAGUAUACGUAUAUUGCUGCGCAGUGCGCUUUUAUUAGAUGAAUAGUGCGGAAUUUGUAUAAUUUUUCAAGUGCUGCUCAAAGUGCAAUAUGUUUUAAGUUUGGUUAUUUUGUGCUUUGUGACGUGGAAAUUGGUGUUACAUUUGAGCGAGAUUCGUGAAAUUUUGGUGGAAAUCUUGUGUUGUGUACCUAUUUGGUGAUUGUUAUUGUUUUUCUUUUCGACGAAAAGGAAGAGUCAGCUAUUUUUGUACGACUACUUGGAUGAUUUUGUGAUUCUUGAAUUGUUUCUCUGACUGUGCAAAUUCCGAUGGUUGCUGAGACGAAUAUCGCGAUCGGUACUACGCCUACUAUAACUUUGAGGGGUCGCUUAGGAUUGAGUCAUGCAUGGUUGUUUAUGGAGAAUACAAGUGUAGAUCAGAAUACGAAGCAAAUCAGAGCAAUUGAUAGUGGUCUAGAAAAAUUUACCUUGAACGGUUUGGGUGGAAAAUUUAUGGAGUGAAAAUAGUUUGCUGUCGUGCACCAGAUGGUUGCAGUUUGAUAGCUUCGACCUAAAAUAUAAGGAAAACGAAAUUAUAGUGAGCUUUGUAAGUGUGCUUGGAGCAAACAACCAGUGAAGAAGAAUGACAUGAGCCACUGAGCCUACUCCGCCUUCAAAGUCGAGAGUGGUAGUUGUUUUUGUAGCUGCUGUGUAAAA